GUUGAAGAACUCAAGGAAGGUCAGAUGUCACCGGAAAUAGAGUACUUCGACGACUUCCUCCCGUGGUUCUAUAACUCAACCAAAUUCAAGGAGAACUUACUUUAUGAGAAAAAGAAAUACCUUAGCACCGUGCUUGGCCAACAUAGAAAAUUCCGAGCGCUGUAA